CAGGCAGCCGCUCAUGGAUCCGCUCCCUCCCUUCACAAACACGGAAGCAGCAUGGCGUCUAACAGCAGCGGCGGCAGCUCCGACAGGCAACGGGUUGCACAACAUAGACUGAGAAUAAUUGCCGGGCAUUUACAAGGACCGGUGGACGGCGACUCGAACAUCCUAGCCGCGGAGUGCAAAGCCCCGGACGGCAAGACACAUGUCUCCAGCGAGGGGAAGACGAUGCCGAGGAGGAGGCAGGAGAUUAUGAAAUGGAACGGCUGGGGAUACAGCGAUUCAAGAUUUCUCUUCAACAAGAAAGGUCAAGCAGAAUUUACUGGCAAAAGGUAUAGAUUAAGUGGUAUGAUCAUUCCUGCUCUGAAAGAUUGGUUUGAAGGCACGUUUGGAGCCAGUUUGCAGCAUAAAUCUCCAGCAACACCCAUUCUGACUAACGGUGCUGUACAGCCUCCCACUCUUAACGAGGCCUUCGUGGAGGAUCUGAAAUCCACAGGUAUUCCCUUCUCUCAUGAUGCAGAGGACCGCGUGUUUCGUGCCCACGGCCAUUGCUUACAUGAGAUCUUUGCUCUGCGAGAGGGGAAAGUUGGUCGUGUUCCAGAUAUGGUGGUAUGGCCAAACUGCCACAAUGAUGUAGUAAAAAUUGUUGAACUGGCCUGCAAACAUAAUGUUUGUUUGAUACCAUAUGGAGGAGGAACUAGUGUCUCUAGUGCCCUGGAGUGCCCCCUGGAGGAGACUCGCUCCAUCGUCUCUCUGGAUACCUCACAGAUGAACCGCAUUCUGUGGAUUGACGAGAAAAAUUUAACUGCCCAUGCGGAAGCUGGCAUCGUCGGUCAGGAUUUGGAGAGACUGCUCAAUGAGAGCGGCUACUGCACAGGGCAUGAGCCGGACUCCAUGGAGUUCAGUUCUCUGGGGGGUUGGGUAGCAACCAGAGCAUCAGGCAUGAAGAAGAACAUCUACGGCAACAUUGAGGACCUGGUUGUCCAUGUAAAGAUGGUGACCCCACAAGGAGUGAUUGAAAAAAGCUGUCAGGGCCCACGCAUGUCCACGGGGCCAGACGUUCACCACUUCAUCAUGGGCUCAGAAGGAACCCUGGGCGUGGUUACUGAGGUAACGAUGAAGAUUCGUCCCAUGCCAGAGUAUCAAAAAUACGGCUCAGUGGUAUUCCCUAAUUUUGAGCAGGGAGUUGCCUGCCUUCGAGAGGUUGCCAAACAGAGAUGUGCCCCAGCAUCUAUACGACUCAUGGAUAAUGAGCAGUUUAAAUUUGGUCACGCCCUGAAGCCUCAAGUAUCUUCAAUUUUCACAUCCUUUCUGGACGGACUGAAGAAAUUUUACAUCACCAAGUUCAAAGGGUUCGACCCCAACUGCUUGUGUGUGGCCACCCUGCUGUUUGAGGGAGACCGUGAGAAGGUCCUGCAGCAUGAGAAACAAGUUUAUGACAUUGCUGCAAAAUUUGGGGGGCUGGCAGCUGGAGAGGACAAUGGGCAGAGGGGCUACAUGUUGACCUUCGUCAUCGCUUACCUCCGGGACUUGGGGAUGGACUACUAUGUGAUCGGGGAGUCCUUUGAAACCUCUGUGCCUUGGGACAGGGUGUUGGACAUUUGUCGGAAUGUGAAGGCACGCAUCAUUCGAGAGUGUAAAGACAAAGGAGUGCAGUUUCCACCAUUGUCAACAUGCAGGGUGACUCAGACGUAUGACGCUGGUGCCUGUGUCUACUUUUACUUUGCCUUCAACUACAGGGGACUCAGUGAUCCAGUACACGUGUAUGAACAAGUGGAGCAUGCAGCUAGAGAAGAGAUCCUUGCCAAUGGAGGGAGCUUGUCACAUCACCAUGGAGUGGGAAAACUUCGGAAGGAGUGGAUGAGAGAGACCAUCUCCAGCGUCGGCAUUGGGAUGCUCAAGUCUGUCAAGGACUGGGUGGACCCCCAAAACAUCUUCGGCAACAGGAACCUCCUCUAAUUUCACAUUUAUCGCCCCUUUUUCUAAAAAAAAAAAAAAAAAAAAGGCAUCUUGUGCAUUUUGGAUUAAUAGAUACUAAAUGUGAAUUUAAAACGGAGAGAGAUGUUUGUCUUUUUCAUCAAAAAUGUCAUUCGGUGCCAUUUAUCGAUUCUUUUUUUUUCUGUUACGUUAUAUUGCACUUAAUAUGCUGUAACAAUCACUCACAGUGAAGCUCGUUGUUGCUGAUGAGUCGCGGCCUCGGCUUGUUGUAGGAGCUACGGCCAUGAUGCAACCAGACAUGAUGCAACAAAACCUUGAUUUUUGUCAUGUUUUCUUACGUAAAUAUCCUUGCCAACACUGUUAACUCAUCUGUUUGUCUUUACUUUCCUCUUGUACGUUUGCGCGCGUGUGUGUGGCACUUCUUUAGUAAGUUAGAUGAAUGCGCUUUCUAAAGCUCUGUGCCUUUCUAAAGCUUAUGUCUGCCUUCCCCUUCUCAGACUAAACGCUCCGCUUGUGAGUCCCUUUGUGAAGCGAAUUAACUUUGGACAUGAUGUUUCCCGUGUCUCCCAUCUUUUUUUCUUGCCCUCAUGCCUUUUGUUGUACCGACCUAUUGCCAUAAGAGACUUUUUCUCGACUCUAUAUGUGUGUGCGUGCCUCGACUAAAACCUCCCCCUACCAAAUUUUAACAAGAGCCCUCCCCUCCUAGAAGUACAGUAUGAUUACAAAGAGAGAUAUUCCUUGUGUGUUUAGUUUUUUGUACUGAAAGCGUUUACCUUGCAUGGUUUGUUACUGAGAAAGCGAAGUAGGGGGAAAAAAAGCCAUCGCGUUUUUUCGAUCACGCCUGCUUCAAAUGUGACGGCAGUUUAAGGCCUCUGGAUCCCGGUGCUCACGUCGUACCAAAGACUCAACACAUCAGAUCAUGCAGACAUACUGUAAACACAGAUGUGACCUUCACAUAUUAACUUCAUGCACAGCUUAACUAUAUUUUUUAAUCAGCAUAUGCAAAGAGAACCAUUCUGAUAGCUGUAGAUAUUUGUGACUGUUAUAUGUGCUAAAACUUUCUACAUCAUGUUUAUGUUAAAGACACUGUAUUUCUGCUCCAUAGAGAAAUCCGCCUGAAACAGUUCCCCUUGUUAUCUGUACUGUGUAAAGGUUUUUUGGAACGGAUACUGUAAUGUACUACAAUUUGAUACCAGACUUGUACCAUUUGUCCCCAUUGAUUUUGAAGCAAAGUAAAUCUUUAAGAGAGCAGUUUGCCGAGGAAUCUUGCCUUUCCCCCCCCCCCUCUACUUUUCACAUGUCCCUUUGUCCAUUUUAAUCCAUAACAUUACCCCCAAAUUAAAGGACCCGUCAUGUAACAUUUUACCUCUGUGUCAAAAAAAACCCAACAAAAACGUGCAAGAGCUUUUGAACGUUAUGGAUGUACCUUUUUGUUAUUUUCCACGUCUCUUAACAUCUGAGUACAUUUUGUCAAUGCUGUUUGUGCAAUAAAUUGAACUAAAACAUCCCA